AUCCACAACCCUAGCGAGCUAGCACUCUUAGGAUCAUUGCUAAUUCAUUAACCCUCUACUUUGUAUCUCUUUUUUUUUUUUUUAAAGAUUUGAUGAGCAGGAGCAAUAUUGAUGAACCAACUAAAGUAUUAAAGGUACUAAAAAUUGCAGCCUGUCUCCAUUUUUUUGCAAGUAUAUAAAAGUAUAUAUGGGCUUGUAAUUAACCACGAAGUGUUGAAGAGAUCAUCUGCAUGCUGCAGAGGAAGGGAGCGUAUAUACUUAUAUGUAUGUAUAUGAAGUGUUGAUCAAAGUUAUGGAGACUAGCAGGCACAAUAGUAGUAGUAGUAGUAGUAGUAGUAGUAAUAGUAGUGGGAACAUUAGGAAGAGGAGCUUCGCAGGGAGAGGAAGUUCAGAGGAAGAAGAAGAUGAGGUGCUCAAGAGAAGAAUCACGGGCCAUCCUCUGUAUCAACUUUUGGUUCACACUCACUUGGACUGCCUCAAGGUGGGUUUAGGCAAGAUUGAUGAGAUUGACGCAACACCCAAAUUCGAUUCGCAGACAGGGGAUAAUAACAAACACAAUGCAAACAUUAUGCUCAAUGCUGAGUCUGAGCUAGACCGCUUCAUGGAAGCAUAUUGCGGGGCACUGCAGAAACUGAAAGAAGCAGUGGAAGAACCACAAGAAGAAACAAUGGCUUUCAUCAAUAGCAUGCAUUCCCAACUCAGGGAGCUCAUGAGCACCACCCAUUCUGCACCUCCCCAACCCCUACCCAACUCUUCUGGAGAAAGCAGCAGGUGUGAAGAAGGAUAAAGAAGAUACCUAAGAUGCAUAGCCAAUAUGCUUUUGUAAGCCAUCUGUCCUGUGAAAUCCACAAUGAAGCGUAUCUGUUGUGCAGUGAAGCAAAUCAAUGGCCCUUUUAAUUGAUAGCAGUUGGCUUGCUAUAAGAAAUGGACUACAAAAUAUGAUAACCCGGUCUGUACAAGUAAAUUUGUUACCUCCUCAAACAAUCUAAGGAGUACCUGCUUAGUGUUUAAAAUAUUUUUACUUCUUUCAUCCUUGAUGGAAAAGGAGAUCACCAAGCUUAUAUU